UUCUGGAUCAACAUGCUCAUUGCUCGAGUCGACACUAUCGUGCGGUAUUCACUGGGCGUGCGGGGUUUGAUGUGAGGCGAUUGCCACAAUGUUGUUUGCCUUUGCGCUGCUGUCGUUCCUUCUGUUUCUAUCCGUUGGCAGUGCCUACCAUGACCUGAGCGACGACACUCUGAUGAGGCUUCCCGGCCCAGGCAAUGACUUUGAUAUCAAGAAUGGUGCACUGUUGGCGCCAAUUUUACGAACCCGAGUAUCAGGAACCGAAGGCAAUGCGGUUGUGCGACAACACUUUAUCGACUUCUUCCACACGAACUUGCCGGAAUGGCGCAUCGAGCUGCACAACUCGACCUCGGCCACGCCCCUGAGCAAUGGAGAACAGGUCCCCUUCGUCAAUUUCAUUGCGACGCGCGACCCGCCUGGCGCCAGCGAAGGCGAUGUCUCGCGCCUGGCAUUAGUUGCGCACUACGACAGCAAGCUCACGCCGAAGGGCUUCAUCGGUGCAACGGAUAGCGCAGCGCCUUGUGCGAUGCUCCUGCAUGCUGCGCGUACUCUCGAUGCAGCUCUGACGAAGAAGUGGGCAACCAGGACAGACGAUCUCCUGGACGUGGAGCACAAGGGUGUGCAGAUACUGCUCUUGGACGGCGAGGAGGCUUUCCACAGCUGGACUGACACAGACAGUCUGUACGGUGCACGUGCUCUGGCCGAAGAUUGGGAAGCAUCCUUCCACACUGCCGCUUCGACGUAUCGCACACCCCUCGAGUCCAUGGAGCUCUUUGUUCUGCUCGACCUUUUGGGCUCGGCUGGCCCUCGCGUACCAUCAUACUUCAAGACUACACAUUGGGCAUACAAACACAUGGCAAGUAUCGAGGAUCGCCUGCGCAAGCUCAAGCUGUUGAGAUCUUCGCCCAACCACCCUGAUCGCAUGGCGAAACGGCAGAACAAGAAGCCGCGUGCCGAGCCGCGCUUCUUACACGAGAAGAACAAAGCUGAGAACUCCUUCUUGGGAGGUUUCGUGCUGGACGACCAUGUUCCCUUUAUGGAUCGUGGGGUCGAGAUCCUCCAUGUCAUCCCAUCUCCAUUCCCAACUGUGUGGCACGAGAUUACGGACGAUGCAGCGCACUUAGACAUGGACACAGUCGAAGAUUGGGCAAAGAUAAUUACCGCGUUCGCUGCAGAAUGGAUGGAGUUGGAAGGCUUUUUCGAUUGGACACUAAAGUUGCGACGGGACUCGGUAGUGGAGAAGUCGGCUCUGGACAAGUCGGAAUUGUAAGUAGCUUCUAAUACCGAACUGCGUUUCAGUCAACGCUACCAGCGAGAAAUUCGAAGAUGUGGUUGAAAUGACGCUUGUCUCACCUAUGCCAAUGACGAAGUUGCGCUUGUGGAGACUUUAAGGUUUCAAUUCCCUUUCAAGAGACGAACAGUGUCAAUAAAGAAGUUCAACCCUACGUUCACUAAUGAGGCACAACCCUUUGUAAGUUGUCGAGUAUGAUGAAUGACUAGGCUAAGACAAAGGGCGGCAAAUCUGACCUUAUCUUUGGCAGUGAUGCCCUCAAA